GUGGUUCGACUUACAACCGACACGCGACUACUGACGUGUGCUGCGCUCCAUGAUUCGAGCACACUUGAACGUAGCACUAUGAUGCUUGCUGGCCGUAUGACACGCGGUUAGUUUCAUUUAUCCGGCUAUGUGGACGAUCUCUCUGGCUCGGGUAUUAUACGCUCCUCAGAUCUGGGAUACCAAACUCAGUGUGCAGUGAUGUCCCAGUCGAUGUCGCAUUACACCGGCUACCUCAUCAUUGUAAUAGUCGCCCUCGCCCUAGUAGCAUUCUCCAUCCUCGCACGGGUGCUCAUCCGCCGCUCAGCGCUGAGAAGAGCAGGAAGGGAAGAGGAAGUGAGACCGCUCCAUCCGCGUACCGCCCGGGAACUGGAGGACCUGAGGGCGAGAGGU